GCCAAUCGCGUGCAAGUUACAAUAAUCUCGAAGCUAGAAGUCGAUUCUUCGUCAUUUCGUGUGUUUUCGAGCAAAAAGUAUCCGGCGUCUCUGAGUUUUACCGAAGAUACAUCACAGUAAUCAAAUUAAAGAAUAAAAAAAUGAUCGAAUUAAACAGAACAUAAAGCUGGAGAAUGCGAACAAAGUGUAAUUGCAUUGCACUAUAACUUCGACGUUGUUUCAAGUUCUUGUCACAGUAUACUGCAUCUUUAGUCAUAGCGAAUUUGAAUAUUUUAUUUAGUAGCCAGAAUGUCUGACAGUACGUCAAUAGAAAGGGAAAAAUAUACAAAACAAUUAAAACGUAGAAUGGAAUGUUGGCGUGAAGUAAUACUUCCAUUGAAUUCUAUUCUACUAUGGGACCGAUCAUGGUACCCUGGUCUUAUAUUUGCAAUUACAACCACAAUAUUUUUUUUGAUAUGGAUGCUGGAAGCUGCUGUACUUACGAUAAUAUCUAUAUCUCUUCUUGUGUUGGCCUUGGUUGACUACAUUGUACCACCUUUAACAUCCUUCUUAUGUCCUGUUGACAGUUGGACAGGCCAAAAAGAAAAAAAAUUAAAUGAAAUUUGUCAAAAUUUAUCUACAGUAAUUUUACAGUUACAACAUUUGUGGAAAUCAAUGUUAAAAACUCGAAAUGAUCGUCCUAAUGUUUAUUAUGCAGGAAUAAUAACUUGUCUCAUUGUUUGUAUAUGGAUUGGAAGCACAAUCAAUAAUUUACUUCUACUAUACAUUGCAGUAAAUGCUCUUCUACUUAUGCCAGGACUGAGACAUAAAGGACGUGCAAUAUCAUCUAUAUCAUUUGUGCUUGUUCAUUUAUCUUAUGGUAAAAAAUCAUAAUUGUCGUUUUGUAUGUAUGUUUUUCUCUUUCUUCUCUGUGAGACUUUUUAUCUACAAUAAAUUAAUCCGUAAUUUAUUAAUUUGUAACU